GCCAUCAGCCCAUCACUGAAGAAAAAUCCUGUAAUUUAAUAUUCGAAUAAAAUUUAAUUAUAUUAGCUAACCGUUGUACGAUAUGCUUCAGUUGGAAAUAGGAAGAUAACAUCUUCUCUAUAUGAUCAUAAUCUGUUCUUCGAAACGCAAAGGCAUUCCAAUUCCGAGACUCGGUACAAAUCUUUUCCAUGGCCGUCAUUCGAGGCAAUUGGAUCGAGCUUGAUCAGAAAGGGACUGGUCCUGGAGCCAGAAGCUCACACGCCAUUACCUUAGUAGGACACAAGGCCUACGCUUUUGGUGGCGAGUUUGCGCCACGUGUCCCUGUCGACAACGACCUUCACGUCUUUGAUCUCGACAACCAAACAUGGUCUACCCUUCAAGUCACCGGAGACAUACCGCCGCCGCGGGUCGGUGUCACAAUGGCCGCAGUUGGGAAAACUAUUAAUGUGUUUGGUGGCAGAGACAGUGAACACAAGGAGCUUAAUGAGCUUUACUCUUUUGACACUGAUACUAAUAAGUGGACGCUACUAUCUAGUGGCGAUACCGGGCCUCCUCACCGGAGUUACCAUUCAACCACCUCCGAUGAUCGGCACGUGUACAUUUUCGGCGGCUGUGGUGUCGCCGGCCGGCUUAAUGAUUUAUGGGCCUAUGCCUAUAAUGUGGUCGAACAAAAAUGGAUCAAGUAUCCAACACCAGGAGAAAAUUGUAAGGGCCGAGGCGGGCCUGGGCUGGCCGUAGCCGGAGGGAAAAUAUGGGUCGUAUAUGGGUUCGCUGGUAUGGAAACGGACGAUGUGCAUAGCUUUGAUCCGACCCUUGGAAAGUGGGAGCAAGUACAGAUACGGGGUGAAAAACCAACGGCUCGAAGUGUAUUUUCAACGGUUGGGAUUGGAAAGUACAUAGUGAUCUACGGUGGAGAAGUGGACCCGAGUGACUUGGGCCACAUGGGUGCCGGAAAGUUUACUAGCGAAGCAUGGGCUUUGGACACGGAGAUUUUAGAGGCAUGGGCUUUGGACACGGAGAUUUUAGAGUGGAAGAAGGUGGAUGAUGGGCGCUCGAAAAAUCAUCCUGGGCCGCGAGGGUGGUGUGCUUUUUCGUCGGGCCGGUUGAAUGGGGAAAAUGGGCUGUUUGUGUACGGUGGUAAUUCUCCGAGUAAUGAUCGGCUUGAUGACAUUUUCUUUUUUAGAUUGAUACAAUGGUGAUUGCUUUGCGUGUGAGCUUUGUUAAGAGUAAAAUAUUAGUGUGUGAUUGUGAAUUUGUGAUAGGGAGGGUGAGUUAAUAAAUUAUGAGAGUUGAUUGAUAAGAUUAAGCUUGUAUUUGGUCAAUGGUGGUGAUAUAUAAAGUUAAUAAUUUAGUGGGGGGAAA